AUGGCAUCCCAACCAACCAACCCACCAACCACCCGGACCCCCUCCCCGGACCCCUUCGACGCCCUCCUAACCCUAGAAGACACCCUCUACACCACGGCCUACAACCUCGGCGCCACCUCCGGCGCCCACGCAGGGCGAAUCGAAGGACGAAUUUUCGGUUUAGAAAAAGGCUUCGAGAAGUUCGCUUCUCUUGGAGAACUCCACGGACGGAGUGUAGUCUGGGGAUCACGGUUACCCGGGCUCACAUCCAAUGCCGUAUCAACAACAAAGCAUGAAGAGGAGGAAGGGAAAACGCUGCCGCAGUUAAAGAGUAAUGAGAGACUACGCAACAACACCACACUCCUGCACUCGCUAACCGACCCCCUCACCUUCGACACUGCAAACACUGAAGAAGGCGUUGCGGAUUUCGACGAUAGGUUUAAGCGUGCUGGGGCGAAAGCGAAAGUUAUUGAGCGAAUUGUCGGCGAGACCGACAGUAACACCAAGAGGGAAGACGGGGCCGGUGAGAGUGUCUGGGCAGAGUAA